AUGAAUUCUCCAUAUAAAUAAAAUUUUUAUAAUUAAGAAGAAUCCCCGAAUAAAGUUAGAAUUUAACUUCUUAAUUAAAAAUGGCAAAACAUUGCAGAAACUAUAGAUAAAGAAAAACAAGAUAGAAGAGAUGUUUUGGAAGAAAAGCUUUAAAAUUUAGAAGACAGAAUAAAUUAGUAAAGACCUACAGAUGAAAAUAGAUUUAAAUUAUUAAAAGAUGCACUAAAUAAACUUUAAAAUAUGUAAGAUGAUGGAAAGAAUUAAUCACAUGGUUUUAAUGAAAAAAAAGUAAAAGAAACAAAAUUUUUAAACGAAAAUUUAAAGAAUCUUAUCGAAGAAGAAAAAUCAGCUAAAAGAGCUAUAGAAAAUAAUUUAUUAAAAUAAGUAGACGAUAAAUUUUAAAAUAUAAAUGUUAGUUUAGGCAAAAAUAAUAAAUAAUAUGAAGAAAUUACCACUUCAAAAUUAUAAGAAGUUUAAAAUUAAAUUUCAUUAUUGAGAGAAUAAGUAGAAUUUGAAAAAAAAAAAAGAGAAGAAUCUACUAAUGCAUUAACUGAAGAAAUCGAAAAUGAAUUAAAUAAAUUUCACGAUGUUUUAACUAUAGAAAAAAAAGUUAGAGAAGAAACAUAAGGGAAAAUAUUCAGAAUGAUAGAAGAAAUUCAUUCUAAGCUUUAAAUAGAAAUUAGUUAAGAGAAAAAAGAUAGAGAAGGUACGACAGAUAGUUUAAUUAAGCUUUUAGAAGAUACUUGUAAUAGAAUGGAUAAGAAUAUUCGAUAAUGA